AUGUCAUUGGAGGCUGGGAUGGCGAUUGUGAGCCUGCAAGAGUUUGGAGGCCUUCUGGUUACAAAGGACUUUGGUUUUCGGAGGCUGAUCUCUUCGCUGCACAUGCUGGCAACCAUGCUCCUACCAGAUCCUGCCCUGAUCAUCAUGCUUAAUCGCUUGGCAUACAGCGAAGCACUCAACCAAUUGCAGGCUGGUAACAAUUUAGAACCAUUUCUGCAUGGUCCACGUUCCCUGAGGAGCGAAUCCAAGAAUGCAGGAGCUGUCCAUAGCGAACAAGAAUCUUUCGAGAGGUACAUUCUAAUGAUAGGGGAACGGCAGCUGCGCAAGCGUGGGUUAGCAGCCUGGAUGGCACAGAAUGUAACAUUGUUUGGAGAUGGAUAUCACCCUAUAUGCGAUGCUCAUUUUGGCCAUAAAAGCUCUGGAUGGUGUAUGACAGUGAUCUCAAAUGAUCCCAGUUGGUGGCCAGUCAUGAAUUCGGGUCUCAUUUCCAGCUAUUUUACAGUUGCCGCCUCCACUGGGGUGAUGUAUGAUUGUGUGCUAACAUUCGGACAAGAGGUCGAACUAAUCUGGGUGCGCUAUCUUGGAAUAUUAUUUGCUGUCACCAGCAUGCUGGCUCAAGUUCCGACCAUCCCGAUGACAGAUGCAGGUUGCUUCAGCAUAUUUGUCACAACAGAGUGGACAAAUGUCGUCGCGCCUGCAAUGCUAGUCAUCAUGAUGGCUUGGUUGUAUGCCAUGUAUCAGCGAUCCCGGACAGUGUUGAUACUUCUCAUUAUCGUCUUGCUAGCUGUCACUAUCACCAAUGGAGCAAUGAACGAGAUAACAAAUAGGUAUGCCUCAGGGGGAGGGAUUAUUGGGGAUUGUUUCACGGUGUUAAUGAGAACCCAAGUGGUCUACUUUGCGAGCUUUGCUGCUGCUUCGAGCUUCAAUCUGGUUUUGAUGCUUCCAAAAAUCACAGUGGACCCAUAUUCCUUGCAAAAUCAGAUUCUCGCUGGUGUUGCUUGA